AUGGCCGUCAGGAGGCUUUUCCAGUCCUCGUGUCUCCAGUGGGCUCUGAGGGCAGCUUUCUUGAAACAUGUCCGGUGCAGGACUUGGGGCACCUACCAGAGGACACAUCAUGGAGGCAGAGCCUACAGAGCUGUGAUUUUUGACAUGGGCGGAGUUCUCAUUCCUUCUCCAGGCAGGGUGGCUGCAGAGUGGGAGGUACAGAACCAUAUCCCUUCGGGAACUGUAUCAAGGGCCUUGUUAGAAGGUGGUGAAAAUGGGCCCUGGAUGAGAUUUAUGAGAGGAGAGAUAACCAUGGAGAAUUUCCUCCAAGAAUUUGGGAGACUUUGCUCUGAAAUGACACAGACCUCCGUGCCUGUGGACUCGUUUUUCUCUCUGCUGACCAGUGAGCGAGUUGCGAAGCAGUUCCCGGUGAUGACUGAGGCCAUAACUCAUAUUCGGGCUAAAGGUCUUCAGACUGCAGUCUUGAGCAAUAAUUUUUAUCUCCCUAAUGGGAAAAGCUUUCUGCCCCUGGACCGGAAGCAGUUUGAUGUGAUCGUGGAGUCCUGUCUGGAAGGUGUCUGUAAGCCAGACCCUAGGAUCUACAAACUGUGCUUGGAGCGGCUUGGCCUGCAGCCCUCUGAGUCCAUCUUUCUUGACGACCUUGGACCAAAUCUAAAAACAGCUACCAGCCUUGGUAUUCGCACCAUCAAGGUUAAUGACCCCGAGACUGCAAUAAAGGAAUUAGAAGCUCUAUUGGGAUUUACGCUGAGAGUGGGUAUUCCAAAUAUUCGUCCUGUGAGAAAAACAAUGGAAAUUCCACAAGAUUCCUUGGAAAAGUACCUCAGAGACUCACUGGGGAUCCAGGCAACAGGCUCAUUGGAACUCCUUCAGUUUGACCACGGGCAGUCAAAUCCAACUUACUACAUCAGGCUGGCGAAUCGUCAGCUGGUUCUGAGGAAGAAACCCCCGGGGAUACUCCUUCCAUUUGCCCAUGCCAUAGAGAGGGAGUUCAGGAUUAUGAAAGCCCUCGCAAAUGCUGGAGUACCUGUCCCUAAAGUUCUUGACCUCUGUGAGGAUUCAAGUGUUAUUGGCACCCCCUUCUAUCUGAUGGAAUACUGCCCAGGACUCAUCUACAAAGACCCCUCCCUGCCAGGUUUGGAGCCCAGCCAGCGGCGAGCCACAUAUACUGCCAUGAACAGAGUUCUGUGCAAAAUUCACCGUGUGGACCUCCAGGCUGUGGGUCUGGGAGACUACGGGAAGCAAGGCGGCUACAUCCCACGCCAGGUACAGACCUGGCUGAAGCAGUAUAGAGCCUCAGAAACCGGCACCAUCCCAGCAAUGGAGAGGCUCAUUGAGUGGCUGCCGCUCCAUCUCCCCAGCCAGCAGAGGACCACGGUGGUACAUGGAGACUUCAGGCUUGACAACCUGCUGUUUCAUCCAGAAAAGCCGGAGGUGCUCGCUGUCCUAGACUGGGAGCUUUCUACCUUGGGAGACCCCCUGGCUGAUGUGGCCCAUAGCUGCCUGGCUCACUACCUGCCGUCCAGUUUUCCGAUACUAAGAGGCUUUGUUGACUGUGACUUGACUCAGCUGGGAAUCCCUACCGUAGAGGAGUAUUUCAGGAUGUACUGUCUUCACAUGGGGAUCCCUCCCAUUAAGAACUGGAACUUCUACAUGGCUUUCUCCUUUUUCCGUGUGGCUGCAAUCCUGCAGGGAGUCUACAAGCGGUCACUCACAGGGCAAGCGAGCUCAGCUAAUGCUGAACAAACUGGAAAGCUGACUGAACUUAUAGCUAACCUGGCAUGGGAUUUUGCAGUCAAAGAAGGGUUCCGGAUUUUCAAAGAGAUACCAGCCACAAAACCGCACACCAGGUCCCACCACACAUGGUCCCGUUCACAGGCCCCGCUGAGCCCCCCAGGCACAAGGAGUUACAGCUCCGUUCCAGAAGCUUCCACAGCUGGUGCCUCAAAGGAAGCUCUGGUCAUCUCUCCAGAGGGCCUUUCCCCACCAGUCAGAGAGCUGUAUCACCGACUGCAGCACUUCAUGGAGCAGCAUGUGUUCCCCGUGGAGUCAGAGCUGCAGGGUCACCAGGCCUCAGCUGACAGAUGGAACCCCUCCCCGCUGAUAGAAGAUCUUAAGGAGAAAGCCAAGGCAGAAGGACUUUGGAACCUUUUCCUACCCCUGGAGAGCGAUCCCGAGAAAAAAUAUGGAGCUGGACUGACCAAUGUGGAGUAUGCACACCUGUGUGAGCUCAUGGGCAUGUCUCUGUGUGCUCCUGAGAUAUUCAACUGCUCGGCCCCUGACACGGGGAACAUGGAGCUGCUGGUACGCUAUGGCACGGAGGAGCAGAAGGCCCGCUGGCUGCAUCCUUUGCUGGAGGGCAAGAUCCGCUCCUGCUUCGCGAUGACCGAGCCCCAGGUCGCCUCGUCAGAUGCCACCAAUAUUGAGGCUUCCAUCCAAGAGGAGGAUGGCUUCUAUGUUAUCAACGGCCACAAGUGGUGGAUCACAGGCAUCCUGGACCCUCGCUGUCAGCUCUGCAUGUUUAUGGGAAAGACAGACCCGCUUGCCCCACGCCACCAGCAGCAGUCCGUGCUCUUGGUCCCCAUGGACAGCCCAGGCAUAAACAUCAUCCGGUCUCUGACAGUGUUUGGGCUGGAAGAUGUGCCAGGUGGCCAUGGUGAAGUCCGAUUUGAGCAUGUGCGAGUGCCCAAGGAGAACAUGGUUCUGGGCCCUGGCCGAGGCUUCGAGAUCGCCCAGGGCAGACUGGGUCCUGGCAGAAUCCACCAUUGCAUGAGGCUGAUUGGGUUCUCAGAGAGGGCCCUGGCGCUUAUGAAGGCCCGUGUGAAGUCCCGUGUGGCCUUUGGGAAGCCGCUGGUGGAGCAGGGCACAGUCCUGGCGGACAUCGCUCAGUCGCGCGUGGAGAUUGAGCAGGCACGGCUGCUGGUGCUGAAAGCGGCCCACCUCAUGGAUGUGCAGGGAAAUAAGGCUGCAGCUCUGGAUAUAGCCAUGAUUAAAAUGGUAGCCCCGUCCAUGGCCUACCGAGUGAUUGAUCGCGCUAUUCAGGCCUUCGGAGCAGCAGGGCUGAGCAGCGACUACCCACUGGCGCAGUUCUUGGCCUGGGCUCGAGCGCUGCGCUUUGCCGAUGGCCCUGACGAAGUGCACCAGGCGACAGUGGCCAAGCUGGAGCUGAAACGCCACCCUUAGA